GCUAUUAUUUACUUCCUGUAGCUACCUUUCGUCGUUAGCGAUCGCAUGGUGUAAAUCCGUCAUCUCAUGUGUUCCUUUCACUAUUUUGGCAGUGGCCUAAAUCGCUGCAUGUACCUCAAGCCUUGUAAAAUAUUUUGCGCUACUGUAGUCGUUAAUUUAAAGUACUAAUGUUGCAGAAGUCAUGGAACCGGGUCCUUCCUCUCUCUUGCCUGCUGCCCAGGAUCAGCCUCCGAUUUCGGCUGCCGGGAGCUCAACAGGCGCGGGAGGAGAGGCUGACUAUGCUCGGGACAUAAAAACACACUUUCGCGUGUGCCGCUUCAUAAUGGAAACAGGUGUGAAGCUGGGCAUGCGGUCUGUGCCUGUGGCUACAGCAUGUGUGCUGUACCACAACUUCUUUAGACAUGUCAGCUUAAAUGUGUAUGAACCAUACCUGGUGGCCAUGAGCUGCAUGUACCUGGCAGGCAAAGUGGAGGAGCAGCACAUCAGGACCCGUGACAUCAUCAACGUAAGCCACAGGUACUUUAACCGUGGCAGCCCCCCUUUAGAAUGUGACAAGGAAUUCUGGGACCUGAGGGACAGCGUGGUGCAGUGUGAACUUCUCAUCCUCCGGCAGCUCAACUUCCAGGUCUCCUUUGAGCACCCACACAAGUAUCUACUCCACUACUUGAUGUCUGUGAAAUCGCUCGUAAACCGCCACGCAUGGUUUCGAUGCCCUGUUGCUGAGACUGCCUGGGCGUUGCUGAGAGACUGCUACCAUGGAUCUAUGUGUAUCCGGCACACGCCCCAACACAUCGCUAUCGCGACGCUGUAUUUGGCACUCAACAGCUAUGGAGUGGAACUGCCUUUUGGGGAGAAACAUUGGUGGCAGGUGCUUUGUGAGGGCGCAACCAAAGCGCGCAUCGAUGCUGUGAUCUCUGACCUUCUCCAACUGUACGACAUGGAGGCCAAGUGUAUCUGAGGACACUGGCAGGAGACCUGCACACGCAAGACGCCAGUUGUUAAUGGAGCUGUACGUGUGCAGUCGCCAGUGCGACAUUUCUGAGGGUAACUGUGCAUGAGGGAAUUCGCACAGGAGACAGUUUUGACUAGAAAAACAAAACAAAACAAACAAAAAAAACCACGGACUGCAAUACCGAGGCGUAACACCGUGGGGAGACAAUUCCUAAGUUCCCUCUACCUGAUUUCAGACAUCUCAGGAGUGCAGCAAACCAAGAUUCUGUAGAAUUGAAUUACUGGCAGUUAAGCAUGAUUUUACCUGCAAAGACUUUUGGCUCAUGAGUUACUGUUCAUCCUCAUCAAAGGUUACAGCAGAUCCAGUCAACUCGAUGCUGUGUUGUAUUUAGUUGUCCAGUUUAAAGGCGAAAUCCAGUGCUUUCCAUGAACAAUGUGUCAUGUAAUAUGUACCCUAUUUUGACAAUGGGAUGUUAAAUCCUCUCUCAUUUAAUAGUGUUUUGAGAAGAUUUUUAUCGACAAUUACGAAUUUUCCGGCGCGCUGCCAUUUUCGCGAGUCACAUGACGUGACGUGUAAGGUGCCGCACCAAUGGCUGGAUUACAUUGUGCCCAGCGCUGAUUCCUCGCCUUCAUCCUCAUCUGAUGAAGAAAUAGCAGUAUCGGUUGGUCAUGAAGACUGAGAAAUACUUCCAUACAGAUUUGAACAUGUCGCUGCAAUUAAUGUUGAAUAUUCGGAUGGUUCUUCUGGCGGAAUGAUGCCAGAGUCUGACUACUCGGAGGCCCAGGCGCAGGACGUAAGUGCCUAAACAAAGGCCCCUGGAGCUCCGCUGCGGAUGUUUCUUCAGAUGGGAAUGACGCGGAGUCUGACCAGCGACCUCCGGCGGCGGGCUGUGAGACGAGCUUCAGCUAACGGCCUCCGCUAGACGUCGCUAGCCGAAGCUCGGCUAACAGCCUCCGCCGGAUGCCGAAGCUCAGCGGAGGCCGUUAGCUGACGUUCGGCGGAGGCCAUUAGCCGAGCUUUAUCACCUCCGCGCACGUAAGUAAUGUGACUUGCGAAAAUGGCAACGCCCCUGAAAAUUCGUAAUUGUCAAUAAAAAUCUUCUCAAAACACUAUUAAUUGCGAGAGGAUUUAACAUCACAUUGUCAAAAUAGAGUACAUAUUACAUGACCUAUUGGAUGCAUUGUUCAUGCAAAGCUCUGGAGUUCCCCUUUUAAUAUUAGCGCUUUGUCAGCCCCCUACCAAAAAAAAUCUCGUUAGAAACAUUAGGAUGCACCUCUCUGUUUUUCCCAAGGUUAAGACUCCAUUAUUGGCAGUGACAAGUGCAGAGCCAAUUUUCACAUUCAAAUAUAGAAGUUAAGGACCGACACCAUCCCCAAUAGAAGUCUUCGAGGUCGUAUUCCUGUACAUAUUAUAUUCAUGUUCAUUCACCUGCCAUAAUUUUUGGUUGACUUGCUCAUUAUAAGAAAAUCCAAAGUGAGAGAUUUAUCAUUCCAAUAAACUCUUCAAAUCCCCACCGAGGAAUCCUUAAUUUGCACCACAUCAUUAGCGAACAUUAAGGAGAAGAGCGCAUGACCACCACGACCGGCCCGUUUCUUUGCUCACAAUCAUACAGUGGCUGCAUUGAAUCAGAAUGAAGGGUCUCUCCCUUUCACCUUUACUUUGAGGUGCAUCCUGCCGGUUUGCUGGAUGUUGGUAAGGUAUUGAAUACGAGGACCGCUUGGUGCCUUCAGGAUCCCGGUAUCGUCCUUGCAAUCACGAUGGCAAUACCGUCUAAGAUCGGUGCUCCACGUCUCUCAAGUAUCUUCGGGGCUUGGUGAACAAAUUUGUUUACGGCCCUUCCGCCCAGAAGACUUUCGUCCACAAGGAGUCAGGCUCAAAUUAGAUUCAUCUUGUCAGCAGGUUUUGUGUUUAGCAGCGAGGGUACUUGGGAACUGCUGAGAAAAAAAAAAAAAAGCUUCCUCCAUCUUUCGAUUGUAUACGGUUGCUUUGUUGGUGUUUAAUAAUGCAAGAUAUUGAUGGCACCCUAAUUCAUGUCUCCCCUAACCUUUGUUGAAUAACCCCCCC